ACGGUACGUUACGACUCCAUGUUUGAUCCGAGAGUUUCUAACCUAAUCUGUACGAAGUACAUUAGUCACUGAGUAAUCACACGUCAGACGUUGUUAUUGACAGUCAAAAUUCAUUUAUGUUCAUUAAAGUUUUGCGUUAACUACAGUGAGAAAAGAAUAAUGUCGGAUGUAAGAGAUUGGUUUAAUUCUUUACCAUUUUUCACAAGACAUUGGCUGUUAUGUACAGCUUUCUUCACAUUAAUCGGUAGAUUUGGACUCAUUGGGCCACGAUCGUUGAUACUCACGUAUAAUGAUUUUGUAAAUAAUUUCGAAAUAUGGAGAGCAGUGACCAGCGUUUUUUUCUAUCCCCUCAAUCCACGAACAGGAUUCCAUUUCUUAAUUAAUUGUUACUUUUUGUAUAAUUAUUCAUUGAAGUUAGAACGCGGAGAAUAUGCUGGAAGACCUGGAGAUUAUUGUUUCUUACUUUUAUUCAAUUGGAUAUUGUGCGUUAUCAUAGGACUUAUUUGUGAAAUCUCUAUCCUUAUGGAUCCUAUGGUACUCAGUGUAUUAUAUGUCUGGUGUCAGUUAAAUAAAGAUGUUAUUGUUAAUUUCUGGUUCGGUACACAAUUUAAAGCAAUGUAUUUGCCAUGGGUACUGUUCGCAUUUAAUCUCAUUAUUUCUGGAGGUGGCAUGAUGGAACUUUUUGGUAUUCUAGUUGGACACCUUUAUGUAUUUUUAAAGUUCAAGUAUCCUCAAGAACUUGGCGGUCCAGAAUUAUUGAAUACUCCAAAAAUAUUGGAAUCCUAUUUCCCACCCCAAAGAGGUGGAAUUAGAUGGUUUGGAGUACCUCCGGCUCAAAGAGCACAAUCUAACAGAGACAUGUUUGGUCAUAAUUGGGGAAGAGGUCAUGUUUUAGGACAAUAAAUUACUAUUGCCUGCAACUUAUAAAAAAAAAUGACUUUCUGUAUUAUAAUUCUUUCCAGUACUGUUUUGUUUUGAUUACAUUUAUUUCACAAUCUACAGUGAUACAUAUACAUAUAAAUGUACUUUCAUUUUAAUUAGUGGUACAUGAGCUCAAUGCAUUAAGAAUUAAAAAAUAAGUAAAUUGUAAGAUUCUAUACAUCAAAAGCUGUUAAUUUGUAGAGUCAUUAACAUAUUUGUAAUUUUAUAAUUGAAUUUUGUAAUAUAUAAAUACAUCUUAUUUAACAGUA